AUGGGCCAAGUCGAGGCGCGCACUGUGCUGUGGUACAUGACAUUCAUCGGCUUCAUCGUGAACUACAUGAUCCGGAUCAAUCUGAACAUUACCAUUGUGGACAUGAUUGCCGGGAAGGGUGCUAUCAUCUCAAAUGAAACCCACGAGAACUCUACGGACUUGGCUGCCCUUGCGGAAAUGAAUGAACGAUUUUCGCUGGAGCGUUGGUUUUUGGACUGGGCGAAUAUUCCGUACGAAAAGAAUGGAUUUCACUGGAACGAGAAGCAGCAGGGCGCUCUGUUGGGAUCAUUUUUCUGGGCCCACUGGACACUGCAGAUUCCCGGCGGCAUCCUGGCCACCAAAUAUGGCACCAAGUUGGUGUUUGGUUGGUCCAAUGGCAUCGGAGUGUUCUGCUGCUUCCUCAUACCCCUCGUAUCGUACUGGAGCUACACGGGCUUGAUUAUCCUGCGAGUAUUCCAGGGGUGGAUAACGGGCUUGGCCUGGCCAUCGAUGCACGUGCUCACUGCCAAAUGGAUUCCGCCAAACGAGCGCAGCAAGUUUGUCAGUGCUUACUUGGGCAGUUCUGUGGGCGUGGCCCUGUUCUAUCCGAUCUUCGGCUACAUCAUCGAUUGGACACGGUGGGAGUGGGUCUACUAUAUCUGCGGAAUCGUGGGCACUCUCUGGUUCAUCGCCUGGCAGUUCCUCGUGUUCGAUAGUCCCGCUGAGCAUCCACGUAUCGCUGACUCGGAGCGGAAGUUCAUCGAGAAGUCCUUGGGUGCCUCCAUUCAGGGCAGCAAGGGACCCACACCCUGGAAGGCGAUUGCCACCUCCCGUCCGGUUUGGCUGAAUGUGGUCGCCCAAUGGGGUGGCAUCUGGGGUCUCUUCACUUUGAUGACCCAUGCGCCGACUUACUUCAGACUGAUUCAUCACUGGAACAUUCGAGCGACUGGCUUCCUGUCCGGACUGCCGCAUCUUAUGAGAAUGCUCUUCGCCUACGUCUUCUCCAUAUUCGCAGACUAUCUCCUACGCACGGACAAGAUGAGUCGCACCAAUGUCCGCAAGUUGGCCACUUUCAUUUGCUGUGGCACUAAAGGCUUAAUAGUAUUAGCACUAGCUUACUUUGGCUACAACGCGACGGCUGCCAUCGUGUUGGUUACAGUGGCCACAAUGCUCCACGGCGCUGUGUCCUCCGGUCCCUUGGCCUCCAUGGUCGAUUUGUCGCCAAACUAUGCUGGCAUUGUCCUGGGCGUGAGUGGAAUGAUUGGUGGAAUGCCGGGCUUCAUAUCGCCCUUCAUCGUGGGCCAACUUACUCACAAUAAUCAAACCAUUGAUGCCUGGAAGAAUGUGUUCCUGCUCAGCUCGUUGAUGCUAACAGGCAGUGGCAUCUUGUAUGUGCUUUUCUCGGAAUCCAAAUUGCAGCCAUGGAACAGUGUCUGUCAUCAGUUGCCUGAUUCCGGGCUGAAGGAACUUCAGAAUCUGGGACGCGAUCAGGACGAUGAGGAGGAGAAGAAGCCUCUUAAAUCUGACCAUGAUGAGGAAAUCACUAUAGUCGCCGAACAGGAGCCCAAAACAAAAUCUGAUUGCGAUUAAAAGUGAAAUGGGCGGUCGCACUCUGUUUAAUUGGCAUAAUAUCGUGUUGAUUAUGGCAACGAAAUACGUCUGAUAAGGCUUAUCGUCAUCUUGUAUAAAUAACUACCCGUGAAUCCACUGAGCUUAGCAUCUCUAACCUCUAGAUUUAAGUGUGUUGCUAACUAUACCAUAGGAUUAGUUCCCUGUUCUCCACCAAGAUUCCCUUCUUAUACAUAUAAAUACAAAUGUAUAUGAUUUAUUA